CCCUUUCUCUUGCUUGCUUGCUUCCUGCUGCUGAUGCACUGAUGCACUGAUGCACUGCUGCCCCUCGUAGAUCACGACACUGCCGGCACGAGACGUUGCAUCGAAACACACCAGAACCCGUACUUGUAAAAGAUAAUCCGCGAUUGACGAUGCCAAUCUCGAUGCAUCAUGGAUGAACGUCACGUCUCAGGCCGAAUCUGUAAAAAUUCGGUCAUUGGCUCGAUUCCCGUCUCGGAAAACGGAAGAGGCUGCUACAGUACAGUACAGUACGCAGCGGCCAGCACGGGUGAUGCUCAUCAUCCAUCAUCAUGUGCUGAUCUCCCACUCUCUCUUUUCCCACCACGCACAAAGGGGACGGGGGGGGGGAACAAUCUCAUUUACCCAGAUAUCGGUAUAUAGUUAUUGGGCUGCUGCUACAGUACGUGCAUGUGUGCAACGUGGGCAUGCUAUUUUGGGAAUUCUGUGCAUUCUGUGCAGGUUGCAUUUGCAUUUACAUUUGCAGGCCGCGUGCCGUUGGCUCCCAUGGGAGAUGACUCGGGACAACUAUCGUAUGCUAGCCAAUGGAACCCGUCCCAGAGAGAUCAGGAAAGCGUCCCCGGCAACAGGCGUGGGUGCCUUAGUCUGCAUCUUGAUUCUUCGGGAGCGCAAAUGAGGCAUGGUCGAGUCUGGGACGUGGUAAUAAAUGUGUGGGUGUGGUAGAUAAAAGAAAGAGUCUGGUACUUACAGAGAGGG